UCAGAGCCGUGACGUGUCCUCCAAACCCGGAAGAGCCCAUCAGACUUCCAACAUGUUAACAAACGAAAAUAAUGACGAGGAUGUGUCCCUGUUCGACGCAGAGGAGGAUUCUGGGAAACGGAGUAGAAAAGGAGGAGGAGUCAAACACCCGGUGGCGCUGUUCUUCCUGCUGUUCUUCAGAGUCUCGGCGUUGUUGGUCUAUCUGUUCUGUGAGAUCUAUGGGGCCAGUUCCAUCUCGUCCAUGGUCUGCAUCAUCCUGCUGCUCUCCGCCGACUUCUGGACGGUGAAGAACAUCAGUGGGCGUUUGUUGGUCGGGCUUCGUUGGUGGAACCAGGUCGACGACGACGGAAAAAGCACCUGGAUCUACGAGUCCAGAAAGGGAGCAGUGAGCGGCUCUGGCUCUGAGUCGCGGCUCUUCUGGCUCAGUCUGGUGGUGGCUCCUGUCGUCUGGUCGAUCCUGUCGUUCACCUGCCUCAUCUACUUCCAGAUCAAGUGGCUCCCGGUUGUCGUCAUGGCCUUGGUUCUGAACGGAGCGAAUCUCUACGGAUACGUCAAGUGUAAAUUUGGGAGUAAAACCAGCCUCAAGACCGUGGCCACGAACUACUUCGGACGACAGUUCCUCAAACAGGUCCUGGUUUAGUCCUGGUUUAGACCU